AAAUUCCACCUCCCACAGACCAGAAUUCACAACCAUUGGUCAGGGGCACAUACUACUGGCUCGGCGUCCUCAGUCACUUCGUGCCAUUUCACCAAGUAGGAGCCAAAGGAAAGCUUGAAAAAUGAAAACGUUAGCAAGACUCAUUCUGGGACUUGUCAUCUUUGAUGCUGCUGUGACUGCUCCCACUCUGGACCCCAUCAACUAUGACUCAGAAACUUACGACGCCACUUUGGACGACCUGGAUAAUUUAUACAACUAUGAAAACAUACCUAUUGGUCAAGCUGAGAUUGAAAUAGCCACAGUGAUGCCUUCUGGGAACAGAGAGCUUCUCACCCCACCCCCACAGCCAGAGGAGGCUGAAGAAGAGGAGGAGGAGUCCACCCCUAGACUUAUCGAUGGCUCUUCCCCACAGGAGCCUGAGUUCACUGGGGUUCUGGGCCCACACACCAAUGAAGACUUUCCAACCUGCCUUCUGUGCACAUGUAUAAGUACCACCGUAUACUGUGAUGACCAUGAACUUGAUGCUAUUCCACCGCUGCCCAAGAACACCGCUUAUUUCUAUUCUCGCUUCAACAGAAUUAAAAAGAUCAACAAAAACGAUUUUGCAAGCCUAAAUGACUUAAAAAGAAUUGAUCUGACAUCAAAUCUAAUAUCUGAGAUUGAUGAGGAUGCAUUCAGAAAGCUACCUCAACUCCGAGAGCUUGUCCUGCGUGACAACAAAAUAAGGCAGCUCCCAGAAUUGCCAAACACUUUGACAUUUAUUGAUAUUAGCAACAAUAGGCUGGGGAGGAAAGGAAUAAAGCAAGAAGCGUUUAAAGAUAUGUAUGAUCUCCAUCAUCUCUACCUCACCGAUAACAAUUUGGACCACAUCCCUCUGCCACUCCCAGAAAACCUACGGGCCCUUCACCUCCAGAAUAACAACAUUUUGGAGAUGCAUGAAGAUACUUUCUGCAACGUUAAAAAUUUGACUUAUAUCCGUAAGGCGCUAGAGGAUAUUCGAUUGGAUGGAAACCCUAUCAAUCUCAGCAAAACUCCUCAAGCAUACAUGUGCCUACCUCGUUUGCCUAUUGGGAGUCUUGUCUAAUUGCGGAUAAUGGUUAGCAUUAUGAUGCCUGCUAUAACGAAACAAUUCUUACUGCUCUCUUCGGAAACAAAAGCUCAGCAUACUUUCAAAUAGUGUUCUGAAAAAUGAUAUAAUUUCACAAAAUACAACUAAAAGUUUUAAGAUAUGAUGACAGUUUAUCAAUUUAAGCAAACACCAGAUAAGUCAAGGAUAAAAACAAAUGAUGUACAGAAAGAGUGAAACCAAAUGAUAAAAAAAAUAUGUAUCUAUUUCGCAGAUAUUCUUGAAAAUCACAUGUAACUUGCAGGCUUUAAGGAUUUCUGUCCCAUAUAGUUUCAAGUUAAGUACAUAAUAAAGAAAAAAUUUUAAAUGAGCA